AGCAGAUUGGCUGAUCUUCAGAGCAACGUGAGUUUUCUUCGAGAAGAAUGUCGCUCCAGGAAAAAGGAGUUUGAGGAAGAGCUUGACAAAGCUGUAAAUGCGCAAGUCGAGAUCUUCAUCUUGCAAAAGUUUAUAGAAGACUUGGAGCAGAAGAACUUUUCUCUCUUAAUUGAGUGCCAGAAAUAUGCUGAGGCAUCAACAUUUUCAGAGAAACUCAUUGCUGAGCUGGAAAGCGAGAAUCUUGAGCAACAGAUGGAAGCAGAGUUUUUGGUGCAUGAGAUUGAUAACUUCAGGGGUGCAAUUUAUCAAGUGUUUAAGGCACUUCAAGUUGAAGCAGAUUGUAAGACAGCUGACCAGAAGGUUGCAAAAGAGAGAAUCCCCGUUUCACGUGUCUUGGGUGACAUU